AUGAAUAGUUUUAAUGGUGUAAAUUGCCGGUUUUCGACUAUUCAGCCAGACCCAGCUGUUCUCAAUUGCCAGCCUCAUGCAAAUAUUUACAUAGUGUUUGUUCUUUUUCAGGGCAUUGAGGUGAAAUUUGAUCGUCUCGAUAUGGACUCACGUCGGUACGACCGCAGCCAGCUGAGGCGUCCCUACACUAAAUAUUUUGGUACACUUCAGAUUUCGAAUAUCCAGUUCGAGAAUGAAGGCGUUUACAGUUGUCUGGUGCAGACUCCUCUCGCCUCAACCGAGCGGAAGGCCAUCGUUCGCAUCGCUGGUCCUCCGGGACCUUGUGCAGGUAAAUGA